AUGAGAAUCCACAGUGGUGAAAAACCGUAUUGUUGCGAAUGCUGUUCGAAGACAUUUUCUCAAGCUUCAGAUUUAAAGCGACACAUGAGAAUCCACAGUGGUGAAAAACCGUAUUGUUGCGAAUGUUGUUCGAAGACAUUUUCUCUAGCUUCAGAUUUAAAGAAACACAGGAGAAUCCACACUGGGGAAAAACCGUAUUCUUGUGAAUGUUGUCCGAAGACAUUUUCUCACUCUUCACAUUUAAAGCAACACAGGAGAAUCCACACUGGGGAAAAACCAUAUACAUGCGAAUGCUGUUCAAUAUCGUUUUCUCGGUCUUCAACUUUGAAACAACACAUGAGAAUCCACAGUGGUGAAAAACCGUAUUGUUGCGAAUGUUGUUCGAAGACAUUUUCUCUAGCUUCAGUAUUAAAGCAACACAUGAGAAUCCACACUGGCAAGAAACUAUAUUCUUGCGGACGUUGUUCAAAGGCAUUUUCUCAGUCUUCAACUUUGAAACACCACAUGAGAAUCCACACUGGCGAAAAACCGUAUUCUUGUGAAUGUUGUCCGAAGACAUUUUCUCAAGCUUCAACUCUAAAGCAACACAUGAGAAUCCACACUGGCGAAAAACCAUAUUCUUGCGAAUGCUGUUCAAUGGCAUUUUCUCGAGCUUCAAAUUUAAAGCAACACAGGAGAAUCCACACUGGCGAAAAACCAUAUUCUUGUGAAUGCUGUUCAAUGUCAUUUUCUCGAUCUUCAGAUUUAACGAAACACAUGAGAAUCCACACUGGCGAAAAACCAUAUUCUUGUGAAUGCUGUUCAAUGUCAUUUUCUGAAGCUUCAGAUUUAAAGAAACACAUGAGAAUCCACACUGGUGAAAAGCCGUAUUCUUGUGAAUAUUGUUCAAUGACAUUUUCUCUGUCUUCAAAUUUAAAGAAACACAUCAGAAUCCACACUGGCGAAAAACCGUAUUGUUGUGAAUGUUGUUCGAAGGCAUUUUCUCACUCUUCAGCUUUAAAGAGACACAGGAGAAUCCACAAAGGCGAAAAACGUAUUCUUGUGAAUAUUGUACGAUGACAUUUUCUCAAUCUUAAAAUUUAAAGCAACACAUAAGAAUCCACACUGAUGAUAAACCGUAUUCCUUUGAAUGAUGUUAGAAGGCGUUUUCUCGGUUUUCAACCUUAAAGCAUCACAUGAAAACCCAUACUGUCCAGUAGCUAAUUCCUGGGAAUUCUGUUUGGAGACAGUUUCGUGCUUCUGAUUCAUAGUAACGCAAGAAAUUCAUCGCAGGUGUAGAAGCAUUUUUGUGAAUUCUUCACUGACGAAAAACCGUAUUCUUCUAAAUGUUGCUCAGAAGCAGUUCCUCAAUCCUCUUAGAGCUGCACAUAAGAGCCUUCUCUGACGACCCUCCUGUUUGAAAGUAAUCAUAAAUCAUAAUUAGUCUGUCUUGGGUUUCACAAUUCCUUACUUUUGUAUG